AUGUUUUCUGGACCAAGUGAGAUUGAUGCUGGUGAAAUGGGUUAUGCAAUGAGUAGACUUGAGAUAGAAUCCGAUCUGUGUGAUACUGGUAAAGACUUUUGUGGAGUUGGUAGUAGCAGUGGUAGUCACAGAUCAAGUGAGAAUUUGGCAGAUUUAGACCAUGAGAUCAGUCAGGUCACUAAAUUGAAAUCCACUCCUCAUCAACGGCUUAGCCGUGAAGUCCCUGGGAGACACCAGUUGCCUGUGUCUACUGUGAGGAUGUUGGCUGGUCGAGAAAGCAAUUUCUCUGGAAGAGGAAGGUUCUCUGCAGCUGAUUGUUGCCAUAUGCUAAGCAGAUAUUUGCCUGUUAAGGGACCUUGGCUUGUUGAUCAAAUGAACAGCCGAGCUUAUGUCUCUCAGUUUUCAACUGAUGGCUCUCUCUUUAUUGCCGGGUUUCAGGGAAGCCAUAUUAGGAUUUACAAUGUAGAGAAGGGCUGGAAAGUUCAAAAGGAUAUUCUUGCAAAAAGCUUGCGUUGGACUGUUACUGAUACUUCUCUAUCCCCAGAUCAGCGAAACCUGGUUUAUGCAAGCAUGUCACCUAUCGUUCAUAUAGUCGAUGUUGGGUCUGGUGCAACCGAGUCUCAUGCAAAUGUUACGGAGAUCCAUGAUGGGUUAGACUUCUCUUCUGAUGAAGAUGGAGGAUACUCUUUUGGCAUAUUCUCUGUGAAAUUUUCAACCGAUGGACGAGAACUUGUUGCUGGGAGCAGUGAUGAUUCCAUUUAUGUUUAUGAUCUUGAAGCAAAUCGAGUUUCGCUCCGGACUAUUGCACACACGUCUGAUGUAAAUACUGUGUGCUUUGCUGAUGAAAGUGGAAACCUGAUUUUAUCUGGAGGUGACGAUAAUCUCUGCAAGGUGUGGGAUAGGCGUUGUUUCAUUGGGAGAGAUAAGCCAGCUGGUGUUCUGGUGGGACAUCUUGAAGGUGUUACAUUUAUCGAUAGCCGUGGAGAUGGUCGCUAUUUCAUAUCAAAUGGCAAAGACCAAACCAUCAAAUUAUGGGAUAUCAGAAAAAUGUCCUCAACUCCACCUGCAAAGCAUGAGGUGCUCAGGAACUAUGAAUGGGAUUACAGAUGGAUGGAUUAUCCUCCAGAGUCAAGAGAUCUGAAGCAUCCUUUUGAUCAGUCAGUGUCAACAUAUAAAGGUCACUCAGUGUUGCGUACUCUAAUCCGUUGCUACUUCUCUCCAGUGCAUAGCACUGGCCAAAAGUACAUCUACACAGGAUCCAACGACAGUUCCGUCUACAUAUAUGACUUGGUAAGUGGAGAUAAAGUGGCAGUGCUAAAGCACCACAGCUCACCUGUGAGAGACUGUAAUUGGCAUCCGCAUUACCCCACGCUUAUAAGCUCUUCGUGGGAUGGAGAUCUUGUGAAAUGGGAGUUUCCGGGGAGCGGUGAGGCGCCGAUCAUGAGCAAGAAGAGGGUUCGGAGGAGACAUUUCUACUACUGA